UAAUCUGGAGAGCUUUUAAGAGGACUUCUUGCUUGUAUUAUAUACUGAAACUUUACAAGUUGAUUUUUCAGGGGAGAAACAAAGAGAGAGAGAGAGAGAGAGAGAGAGAGAGAGAGAGAGAGAGAGAGAGAGAAAGAAGGAGAGAAGAUGGGUAAGUUCAAGAGGGUUUGUGUGUUUUGUGGAAGUAACUCUGGAAAUAGAAAGAUUUUCAGCGAUGCAGCUCUUGAUCUUGGCAAACAACUGGUGGAGAGGGAAAUGGAUUUGGUGUAUGGAGGAGGGAGUGUUGGGUUGAUGGGUCUGGUUUCUCAGACGGUUUUUGAUGGAGGAUGCCGUGUUCUUGGAAUUAUCCCAACAGCUCUUGUUUCAGUUGAGAUAACAGGCCAUGCAGUAGGCGAAGUGUUGAUAGUAUCAGACAUGCACGAAAGAAAGGCAGAGAUGGCUCGUCGGGCUGAUGCUUUUGUUGCACUUCCAGGAGGGUAUGGAACCAUGGAAGAGCUGCUUGAAAUGAUAACAUGGUCUCAGCUUGGAAUCCAUCAUAAACCAGUGGGUCUGUUAAAUGUGGACGGAUAUUAUGAUUGCUUGCUUGGAUUAUUCGACAAAGGUGUAGAAGAAGGAUUUAUCAGGCCUCCUGCAAGAGAUAUUGUCAUCUCAGCAAAUACUGCCAGAGAACUCUUACACAGAAUGGAGGUAUCUUAUCUACUUUCUUUAUCUCUUCUUUUUCCUUUGUUUUUCCUUUUUACCAAAUUCAAGAUCUAUUUUCUUUUUUCACAAAAGAAGAAGAAACAAAUUUCUGGGGCAAUUUUACGUGCACUUCCUGCAGGAAUAUAUACCCCUGCAUGAUCAAGUAGCAUCGAGUCAAAGCUGGAAUAUACAAGAAAACAACCAUGUAGUAAACUCAUAGCACCUGUCUCUUUUUUUCAACUCACUUCAGAUCCCAGCAAACAGAAAA